UCUGAGCAUGUGGGAAAUCGGGAAAGGGGGUGGAGUUCGGCUUCUUCACUUUACCAGCGCUCUAGUGUGGCUCACAGAGAUCUCACUGCAAGUGCGCACUUUCGCAUUCCUCUGCGCUCUGCAGCAGCCCCACUUUCCUCCAGUCCGCCUGGAAUUGUAGAGCGCAUCGCGGCUCAUCUCUGCUCCGUGCUUCUGCUUCCGCUCGCGGGGUUACUGCGCUCAAACCUUCGUUGGAAAGUGAAGCUGCGGGAGGCAGCCAGCUUCCCCGCGCCCAUGGAGGGAGACGGGAUGGACAAGCUGGAGCGCAUGGCCUCUGUGUGCGAGUUCGACCCAAUCACCGGCAACAUCCCCGCCACCAAAGUGGAAAUCAGUGUCUCAUGCAGAAAUCUGCUAGAUCGUGACACAUUCUCCAAAUCGGAUCCAUUAUGUAUCCUGUAUACUCAGGGAGUGGAGUCGAAGCAGUGGCGAGAGUUUGGGAGGACAGAAGUGAUUGACAACACACUCAAUCCAGACUUUGUGAGGAAAUUCAUUCUGGACUAUUUUUUUGAGGAGAAGCAAAAUCUGCGUUUUGACAUAUAUGACAUUGAUUCCAAAAGUCCUGACCUGGCCAAGCAUCCCUCCGAAUUCAACGACUUCCUGGGUCAGACCUUCUGCACUCUGGGUGAGAUAGUGGGAUCUCCAGCCAGUCGACUGGAAAAGCCUCUGGGGGGUAUUCCAGGGAAAAAAUGUGGCACCAUCAUUUUAACAGCAGAGGAACUGGGCAACUGCAGGGACUGUGUCACUAUGCAAUUCUGUGCCAAUAAGCUGGACAAGAAAGACUUCUUUGGUCGCUCAGAUCCUUUCAUGGUGUUCUACCGGAGUAAUGAGGACGGAACAUUUACUAUCUGUCAUAAGACUGAUGUGAUGAAAAACACACUCAACCCUGUGUGGAAACCUUUCAGCAUCCCUGUGAGAGCCCUCUGCAAUGGAGACUAUGAUAGGUCAAUUAAGGUGGAAAUAUAUGAUUGGGACAGGGAUGGCAGCCAUGACUUCAUUGGAGAAUUUACCACUAGCUACCGGGAACUGUCACGGGGCCAGAGUCAGUUCAAUGUUUAUGAGGUGGUGAAUGCUAAAAAGAAAACAAAGAAGAGAAGAUACAUCAACUCUGGAACAGUGACGUUGCUUUCAUUCUCUGUCGAGGCGGAGCACACUUUCCUAGAUUACAUCAAAGCAGGCACUCAGAUCCAUUUCACCGUGGCUAUUGAUUUCACAGCUUCCAAUGGAAACCCAUCUCAGUCCACAUCUCUGCAUUAUAUGAACCCGUACCAAAUGAACGCCUAUGCUAUGGCACUAAAGGCAGUCGGGGAGAUCAUCCAGGAUUAUGAUAGUGAUAAGAUGUUCCCUGCGCUGGGCUUUGGAGCCAAACUCCCCCCUGAUGGCAGAGUGUCUCACGAGUUCCCCCUGAAUGGUAACGUAGAUAACCCAUACUGUAAUGGCAUGGAGGGGAUUCUAGAGGCAUACCACCAAAGUCUCAAGACAGUUCAGCUUUAUGGACCAACUAACUUCGCCCCAGUCAUCAAUCAUGUAGCGAGAUAUGCAGCAGUAGUGGAAGACGGCUCACAGUACUUUGUGCUCCUCAUAAUCACAGAUGGAGUUAUAUCAGACAUGGCUCAGACCAAAGAAGCCAUUGUCAAUGCUGCUAAACUCCCAAUGUCCAUCAUAAUUGUUGGAGUUGGCCAGGCUGAGUUUGAUGCCAUGGUUGAGUUGGAUGGUGAUGACAUCAGAAUAUCUUCAAGAGGGAAGCUGGCAGAAAGAGACAUUGUUCAGUUUGUGCCAUUCCGAGACUACAUGGACCGGACAGGGAACCAUGUCCUUAGCAUGGCGCGGCUAGCCAAAGAUGUCCUGGCGGAGAUCCCCGAUCAAUUAAUCUCUUACAUGAAAUCGAGAGGCAUCAAACCCAACCAGACUCCACCAGACUGUAGUCCUGCUGUGCUUAGUCCAGCCUCCACUAUCUGAGUUUACAUAAGCCCAGUUCAGACAAGACAAAACAGGCCUUGGCCCCAGGCUUCCCUCUUCACAUCUGGAACUUUUCACAACCUAACAGGCAUUCUCUCUACAGGUGGACACACUAUACAGCACAAAUAAUCAAGUGAUGGCCACAGGGUAAGACUCAGAUUCCCUACAGAGUCUGAACAACAACCAGUGACUCUUUUUGAGUUUAUUUGCUUUGUUUGAGUGGCAAGAACACUUUUGGAUUCAGAAAGAAAAAUAUCUCAAUACUUGGACAUGAUCUGGAUAUUCUUUUGAGCAUAGUUUGCUUUCUCAUUUUGGAGUUUAUUCAGUGCGUGUUCUACAUAAUCUGAGACUUAUAGACUUCUUUUUAGGAGUCUCUACUGUAUAUCAUAAAUAAGAGACGUUCUCCAGAGGCAAUUGCUAUGUUUCUUCUUUUAUUUUUUGCUUGUACAGCACAGCAGCAUCAGAAAAGGUUUAUAAUAUUACAGUUUUAUGACAGAGUUCAUAUUCCAGAGCAUGGCAGCCAACUAGAAGAUUUGUAAAUAUAUAAUAAAGAGAGAAUAAUUUAGACAAUUACUAGUGGUUACAGUAAGAUAUCAGAUGAUUUUAACUAUACAAUGCCCUUGGCAGGCUUGCGAUAUAGUAGAAUGUAUACAUUGUGUUACUUUGAAGAUACUUUUGGGCAAUGGUGUUUUUAAGAUUUGGGGAAUUAUUUGGGGAGUAACAUUUUUAAAGGUGACAUCUCAGUGCAGACUUAGGUAACAAUUUUGAGAAAUUAUGGAAAUAUAUUCAGGUAUCAAAAGAUCAUUUAAGAAAACCCAUAAACCCAAGUGCAUGAAAAGCAGAAGUGUUUUCUUAUCACUCUAAAAUUUCUAAAGCAACAUAAAUAGAUCACAUUAUAUAUCAUUGAAUAUGCUUCGAGUGGCACACUUGUAGUUCAGACUUACGAAAAUCUUGCAGGUUCUAGAAAUCUUUGGUCAUUUUUUCAUCUAAGAUUUUUAAGGAUUCACAAAGGCCCAUGGUGGAGUCACAAGGCAAAACUGUAAUCAUUGUUAAUACUCUUAUUUCUAGUUUUUAACAGUUAAAUCCAGAUAAGUGUUAAGUUAGAAUAGGUGCUUAUUGGGAGACUUAAGUGCAUCAGCACUCAUGACAAACAGCAGGGCUUAAUCGCUUUCACUGCCGCAUUCUGGUAUAAACAUCCCCAACAAUGCUGGAACCCCAAUUUUUUAAAUGAAUUUUAAACUUUGAGCUCUCACAUUUCUAUUAAAAACCUCAGUGUUACCUGUGAGAUUAUGAAAAGCUAGACUCAAUCUGUUGGUGAACAUAAAUUGUGAUCAUUUAAUUAGUUGCAUGGAAUUUUCCAAUUCCAUUCAACAUUGGUUUCAUAUGAUUUAGCGUGACCUUCAGUUAGUCCAUUAAAUCAAAGGUCUGCUUGAUAGAGUGACCUGUACUCUUGACAUCCUGACCCAAUGGCUGAUUUUUUCCCCCGUCCCUAUGUGAUGAUCUUUAUUGAUGUUUUGAUAUAAAUUGGGUGCAAUAACUGAUGUCUCAUAAAUGUUUAAUAAGGAUAUGCAUGUUAAAUAGCCUUAUGUUGUUACUAUUUGCAAUUAGCCUAGUCCUGAUAAUAAUCUGGUAAACCUCAGAAAGUGUGUUUGAUCAACGUGGUAGGUUUAUUUUAGAGGGUAUCUUUCCAACCACCAAUUUUGUAUUGGUUCAGUCACAAUGAGCAUGUAUAGUAUUUAUCUGGCCAACUGAUUCUAAGCAGCCAUGCACAUUAUUUUGGUAAACAUUUACCAGGGAAAUGCAUGGAUGAUUCUAUAGUUAAUCCAAUGCAUUUGUUUGUUUUGUUCGACUCAUUUUUGUCUGUUUCAAAUUUAGUCCCCUUGUAAUCUUUUUUUUUUUGUCAAAUUUGUUGUAUUAAAAUUUGAUUUCAAUAAGUUCUUGAUUUUCUUUUUUUAAGUUGUUCACAAUGAAGAAGAGCAAACAAUUCUUUCAGCACCAGACACUGAAUUUCACAGCUUUUUCAAACAACAAACAUCUGCUUGAGGAGAUAAGAAUGACUGAAAAGUUACACAAGACAUGUAGACACAAAUCAGUACCAGAGUUUUUUUCUUCGACAAGGUGCCACCCAUCAAGUGCCAAUGCUUGCUCUAUGAGAUGUGCAUGCUGGGACUAAAACAAUCUGACGGGUUUUGUGAAACCUGCAGUACUACAGUGAGAGGUCACCCAUUGCAGCUUUUCAGCAUGACUCAACUCAUUGUUUUGGCUUCAUUUUCCUUUUCUGUGCUUUCCCCCCUCUUUUACACCUCUCUAGGUUUCAGUCAAUAUGCAUGAUGAACAGUUUUCCAAACCAACAUAAAGCAUUGAUGUUGUCAUUUCAAUGAAUUUUGUGAAGUUUGUAAUGGAUUACAUUAAAAGGAAUUUAAAAGAAAUGGUUGCAACUUUCAUAAGAGCUAUAAAAUCUUAUACCAUUUGUUUGUUCAUUAAAAAAAAUAUUU